AUGGCUUCAAUCACACAGCACUUCUAUACACUUAUUCAGAUAAAGGAGUUUGGUGUGAUAAACAAGAUUGACUUCUCCCCAGUUUCUCCGUAUAACUAUGCUGUCACAGCCUCCUCACGGAUCCAUGUUUACGGUCAUUAUUCUCAGGAACCAAUCAAAACUUUUUCUCGCUUCAAAGAUGCUGCCUACUGUGCCACAUACAGAGAUGAUGGCAAACUGCUUCUUGCUGGCAGUGAAGAAGGUAGCAUCCGACUCUUUGAUAUCAGUGGAAGAGCACCACUGAGACAGUUUGAUGGCCAUACUAAAGCUGUUCAUGCAGUGGGCUUCCUGUCUGAUAAAUAUAGAAUAUUUUCUGGUGGUGAUGAUUAUUCAUCAAAUUUGUGGGAUAUUCCAAGUGCUGCAGAAAUUGUGUCAUACAAUGAACAUUUGGAUUACGUACGAUGUGGUUGCGCCAGUAAACUGAAUGCAGAUGUCUUUGUAACAGGUUCAUAUGACCACACUGUGAAAGUAUUUGAUGCGCGAGCAAAAAAAAGCAUUAUGACGAUAGAACACGGGCAGCCCGUGGAGAGCGUGCUUCUCUUCCCCUCCGGGGGCCUUCUAGCGUCUGCAGGAGGUCGAUAUGUCAAAGUUUGGGAUAUACUAAAAGGUGGACAAUUACUAGUUUCACUUAAAAAUCACCAUAAAACUGUUACUUGUUUAUGCUUGAACAGCUCUGGACAAAGGUUGCUGUCAGGAUCUCUGGACAGGCAUGUGAAGAUUUAUAGUACAACUUCCUACAAAGUAGUUCACAGUUUUAAUUAUGCAACAUCAAUCCUCAGUCUUGCAUUGUCGCCAUUUGACCAAAGGGAACUGAACACCGUUUAAAGAACUGUCAUAAACUAUAGACAUUUGCAACCUGAAGAAGAAAAUAAAGCGAAGCCUCAAAAUAAAAGGCAGCCAGCAUAUAGAACCUAUGUAAAAGGAAGAAAUUACAUGCCAAAACAGGAGGAUUUCUAUGUCAGUAAACCCAGAAAAUGUGUUUUGAGGAAGUAUGACAAGCUGCUGAAGAGCUUUCAAUCAUCCAAGGCCCUUGAUGCGGUACUAGAGCCCCAAAUUAGGCUGUGUACUCCUGAAGUUACAGUUGCAGUCAUGCAGGAACUAAAUCGCAGAGGGACACUAAGGAGUGCACUUGCAGGCCGAGAUGAGAAGCAAAUUAGUCUCCUCCUUACCUUUGUGACAAGACAUGUGAUUGAGCCCAGAUUUACUCCUAUACUGGUAACUGUUGCAGAUAUGAUCACUGACAUUUAUCAGCCCGUGGUUGGACAGUCAGCACUCGUUGAUAAACAGUUCUUGAGACUCCAGGAAGCCAUAAGAAAAGAGAUCGACUAUCAAGAGGAACUACUAGAAGUUUUGGGAAUGAUGGAUGCGCUAUUUGCUACUUUGACAAAGAAAAAGGCUUCUUCCCUAGAAGAGAACAGAAGUAAUGGUCUUACAAAGACUCUGGAAAAUGAUAUGAGUUACUGA